UCGACUACUCUGCUAAAUCCUAUUGGAAGAUUCGCGACGGUUCGCGUCCUUCAGCUGCGAAUCUCUGUGUACCCAAUUGCCAUGAACAAUGUGCUCAGGCAGAGAUGCGUCCACCUUUUGGAUGGUGACAUCCCGUCCCUGUACUUACGAUGCUAAUCAUCGCAGAGAAAAUCGCAACGGCGAGGACACUCGUUUUCAUGUUGUGGAAUAUAGUAAUAAACACGCAGUGUACGGCGUGCGCCCCAUAACAGCGGCUGGCCCACGCGAAUGUACGCAACAACGUCGGCCAUGGACUGACAGCUGUCGAUCCGCAAAGCGCAUGCUGAUGACGCUGCGCGGGAUUCCCCCCGACGUCCUUUGGCGGGGGGUAUCCACACUGUGUCUGGCAUCGCUGCGCAUAUCUUUUAGGGCUGAGCGUGACGCCCUAGGGUCGCACAUACUCUGUAUAUUGCGCCGGACUUUUGCUCGGUGAAGAUCGUCGAUCGACACGCAAAAAAAGUCUGCGAGGAUGUAUGCCACGGAUCUGAUGCGUA